AUGGCAUCAUCAGUGUUUUUCAAGUUUAAGUCUCAAAAGGAGCCCACCAGGGUGGAAUUUGACGGAACAGGUAUCUCAGUUUUUGAACUGAAGCGUGAAAUUAUCAACAAGAGCGGCUUGGGUGAUGGAACAGAUUUCGAUCUCUUCAUAUACACAGAUGACAACAGUGAAGAAUACGACGAUGACACCACAAUUAUUCCCAGAUCAACUACUGUCAUCGCCCGGCGACAGCCUGCUCUCAAACCUGGAGCUGGCAGAGCGGCAAGAUAUGUCUCUGGCAAAAUGCCAGUGUCUGCAAAGAAUGCCGGCCGAAAGGAGCAGUCAUCCAAAGCCUCAUCAUCCAAACCCAGUGCCACUGCCAUCAAUGAGAUGAACAAUGCGAUGACAGAGGAGGAGAAGAUGGCAGCUAUGUUUGCAGCUCAGACAGAGCAGUGGUCUGCCCAACAAGAGGAGAUGUCACACCAAGCUCCUGUUUUCAAGCCUGGUGCCAAACGGCCAACAAAUGUCCCGGAUCACGACCCUCCUCAGGGCUAUAUCUGCUAUAGAUGUGGCAACAAGGGCCAUUGGAUCCAACUUUGCCCAACAAAUGAUGACCCUGAUUUUGACAACCGGCCCCGUGUGAAGAGAACCACUGGUAUCCCACGAUCUUUUCUUCAAAAAGUUGACAAGUCGGUGGUGCUAGCCCAAACAGAUGGUGAUGAAUCCAAACGACCAUCUGGGAUCAUGGUGAAUGCCGAGGGAGAUUUUGUCAUUGCAGAGCCGGACAAAGCAUCAUGGGAACAAUAUCAGGCCAAAGCCAAGUCGUCAUCGGCUAAUAAAGAAGCUCAAGCUGAAGAUAAAGAAGUGCAGGAAAGGGGUCUCCAAUGUUCCAUUGACAAGAAAAUGUUCAUAGAACCAAUGAAGACGCCUUGCUGUAAGAAGACGUUUUGUAAUGAUUGCAUAACAAAUGCUCUCAUCGAAAGCGACUUCGUCUGCCCUGCUUGUCAAACCGAAGGUGUGCUAAUUGAUGAUCUUCAGCCUGAUGAUGAAGCUUCAAAGAAGAUACAGGAAUAUAUCAAGGAGAAGGAGACCGCCAAGACUCCCCCUCCGCAAUCUCCAAAGGUUGAGGCUCCCGAGGUUGAGAAGCCAACAGAGGAGGUUGAAGCCAAGGUCGAGGAAGUGGACAACAAGGAAGAGGGAAAGUCAUUAGAGGACGGACACGAGUCGAAAGCAACACCGAAGUCUCCAACCCCUCAGAAUGCUACAGUCAAAUCUCCAGCAAACACGUCAGAGAGCGAAACGCAGGUUGUUCCCACAUCUAGUGAACAGCCGGCUGCGGAUGAAUCAAACCCCCAAGAGGUCAAUUCGAAGAAACGGCCAGCAGAUGAUUUCCUCGAAAACCCAAAGAUCCCCAAAGGGCCGAGAGCUAUGCAGAGCCAGCAAAAUAACAUGAAUCCCAUGAACAACAUGAUGGGCGGCAUGCCCAAUAUGCCAAAUAUGGGGAUGCCUAACAUGAUGUUCAACGGCAUGCCGAUGAUGCCCCCAAACAUGAUGGGAAUGCCUGGCAUGAAUAUGAAUAUGGGGAUGCCAAACAUGAUGGGUAUGCCCAUGAUGGGCAUGCCCAAUUUUGGGAACAUGAACGGAGGGUUUGGGAUGAAUGGCGGAUGGGAUAUGAGCGGCAUGAACGGAAUGAACGGCAUGGGCGGUAUGAACGGCAUGCAAGGAAUGGGCGGAAAUAUGGGAAACAUGAAUGGCAUGAAUGGUUUCCAGAAUGGCGGGAACUUUGGUCAACAGAACAACCAGGCGGAUGAAGACGCCUAUUUCCGAAAACCAGUCAACCCCCACCGACAUCAAAACAAGCAACGACGGGUCAGACCCAGUGAUUACCGUGAAUUAUAA